UAAACCAGCUAUGCAACGUAGUCUGUAAGGAUCCUAACUUCAUGGUUGUGGAUCAAAUUUCAUUCAACCUUUUUUCUACAUAUUCUUCAACAAGGUUCUGCGUUCUGAACUCCUGAGAAUUACUUAUCAAAGGUUUAGAUACAUGGCUUUUGGAAAGCCCGUCAUCUUAUUUUUCCCCCUUUGCUUCCUGCAAAGUGUGUUGGCAACCACUAGAGGGGAGGAGACUGCUGGUCCUUUCAAUUACUACACCAUUGAGAUAGACGAGGGAGAGGACGUAGCCAGAGACGUGGCUAAAAGGAAUGGCUUAGAGUACGUCCUACCGGUUGGAAAUCUAAAAGGGUUCCACAUCUUGAAAGCUACAAAUAAGCAAUUUGGGAAAAGAAUCAGAAAACGGAGUGCAGAGCAACUGCUGCAACAGCUUUCCCAGGAUCGCCAGGUCAAAUGGGCUGAACAACAAGAUAUUCAUGAAGUGGAAAAAAGAGACAAAGCUCUUUUGCCUGAUCUUCCGUUCCUUUCCAAAGAGUAUAGUAUCAGCUCAUUCUUUGAAACACUAGAUCGAGAAAAGCAUGAUACUAUUCCUGCAGCAAUCUUCAAUGUGUUGAAGUCAGAACAAGAAGAUAAAGAUGCACUGCAAUUCAAUGAUCCAAUGUGGCCGGCACAAUGGGAACUGUUUAAUACUGGCCAGACGCAUGGGCCAAAGGGAUUUGACAUCAAUGUGAUGCCAGUAUGGAAGAAAAAUAUAACUGGCUCUGGGGUUGUCGUGACAAUCAUAGAUGACGGUAUUGACCAUAAUCAUAUAGAUUUAAAGAGAAACUAUGAUCCUCAUGCCAGCUUUGAUUUCAAUGACCAUUUUGAUGAUCAGCAUGAUCCAGUACCUGAAGAUGUUGACGGAUCCAAUGGCCAUGGAACAAAGUGCGCUGGUGAAGUGGCAAUGGAGGCCAACAACAACUUCUGUGGGGUUGGAAUUGCAUAUAAUGCGAAGAUUGGAGGCAUCCGGAUCUUGGAUGGGAAAGUAACUGAUGCCUUAGAAGCAGCAUCUCUUACCUACAAUAACAAUUAUAUAGAUAUCUACAGCUGCUGUUGGGGGCCGAAAGACAAUGGGCGGAACUUUGAUGGCCCUAGACUAUUGACAACCAAAGCGUUACAGGAAGGUGCAGAGAAGGGUCGCAAUGGUAAAGGAAGUAUUUUUAUCUGGGCCUCAGGAAAUGGUGGCUUUUUAAAAGAUCACUGUGGUGCUGAUGGAUAUGUGAACAGUAUUUUUACAGUGGCAGUUGGAGCUGUCAGUAGCUUAGGUCUCAACACCUUUUACUCAGAGGCUUGUCCAGCAGUUAUGGCAGUAAUCCCUACAGGAGGAACAAGUGAUUCACCUUUUGAAACAAGCAAUGAGGAUGAACUAGCCUUGGUAACAACUGAACUUGACAAUGAAUGCACCAAAACCUUCAAAGGCACUUCAAGCGCAGCUCCAAUGGCAGCUGGUAUAAUUGCAUUGGUCCUUCAGGCUCAGCCGAACCUUACAUGGCGAGAUGUGCAGCACCUUAUCGUUCGAACCUGUAAAAUUUCUGACCCUUUGAGCAAAGACUGGAAGAUUAAUGGAGCAGGUUAUCACAUUCACCACAAAUAUGGAUUUGGUUUGCUUGAUGCUGGACGUAUGUUGAAGGCAGCCCUUGAGUGGAAAACCCUGGGUCCUCAGAGAAAGUGUGUGGUUAAUUCUAACCGUCAAAUGAAAAAAGCUAUUCCUGUGGAAGGUUCUCUGUCACUGAAUCUAACAACGAAUGCCUGCAUGAAUACAAGGAACGCAAUUGACUCACUCGAGCAUGUACAGGUCACUGUCACCCUGUCAAGCAUCUGUCGUGGUAAUCUUGAAAUUUCUCUCACCUCUCCAUUUGGUACCAAAUCAAAGCUACUUGCAGUCCGUUACUUUGAUGAAAGCCAAGAAGGACUGAAAAACUGGACGUUCAUGAGUGUCCAUUUUUGGGGAGAGAAUCCCAAUGGAGCAUGGAGUCUUGAAAUUACAGAUCAAGCCAAUUCUGUUGAAACUUGUGAGAUAAAUAAGGAUGAAACAACAUCAGGAUAUAUCACUAAGUUUCAGCUGACACUCUGGGGAACCUACAAGAUUGAGCUCCCCAAAAGGGAAAAAAUAAUGAAACUUGACAGCAUUCAACAAGGUAAAAAUGAUCACAAGCUGCAAGACAUCAGAAAACUUAUGAAGCAAACUAAAAUAGAUAAGAGAUUACUUGAAGCUUUCAUUCAUGAAAAUACCAAAAGAGUGCAAGCAGAUGAUAUUCGUUUUAAGGAACCAGAGUUUCCUACACCUGUAAAAAAUGCAAGCGUUCCAAGUUCUAACUUGGGUCAAGUUCUGCUGAAAUUUUGGUACUCCAUGAAAAGCAAAAUGCGUUACGAAAGAUCAUUACUAGCUGAUACAAAUGAACAGGAUGUUGAUGAAGCUCAGACUGAAUAUCAAAGAAGCAAUGUACUAUCUUCUAAGUCUGCAGAAGAGUAGAGUGAGGAUCCUGCUUCUUUACUGAUAGCUUCCUUGAACAGUCGCAAAUAAUAUCCAAAAUGUCAAAGAUGAUGGAAAAUAUGGAUGACACCUUUAAGAAAAUGAUUAAAGACAAGAAGAUUCUCAAUGACAUGGCUGCGCCAAAAAUAAAUAAAAUUAUACUUAACAUAAAAGGGGUAAAUAUUUGUCUUGGGUGGUAGCACUAAAUAGAUAUUAUUGCGCCACUUGAUAUUCUAUUCCAUUGUAGCUAAUGUACCUGAACAUUGCGAGGAGGUUAUAACUGGAAAGAUUAGGUAUUCGGUUGGGGAGACAAUGGUCCAGGCCAUAACAUCCAUUUCAUGCUACCUCUUGAAACAAAUUUAUACCUCCCAAAGUCUUUGUAAAAUGAGAUAUGCAAUAAAUGAAAAUAUUUCAUCCACAAAUCACAAUAUUGAUUAAAGGUACUUUAAGGGAACAAACAAGCAUAUAUUUGGUUCCAAUGUAUAAUGGUGAUGACGACUAAUCAUGCCUGUGAUUGAAGAAUCAACUCAGCCUUUAUUUCUCUCUUUCAAGUGUUCAGUGCUGUCUUUCUAGAGAGGAUAAGAUGGUAAUUUGGUAAGACUUUAGAAUGGUGACUAAAAACCCGAUCUAAUAUUAAAAGAAUAUAACUUGCAAAUUUUCCUGGAAUCUCCAUAUGUACUUCUUGCAAGGUAUUGGCAAAACAUGCUGAAGAAAUUAGACAUUUUUAGCAAUUUAUUCUGUCUCACCAAAUAUUCCAACCCUCCUUUACUGGUGAACCUCGGGUAAUUUUAAGCACAUGCAUCUAAGAUGGCACUGACAGAAUUCUGCAUCAGUUUCUUUUUCAAAAUUAGCUUUUAAUUUACAUACUGGAGCUUUCAACUGGUAUUUUAUUUGAACUAUUCAGUUAGGAAAUAUGGAAAGGGCUGAUUUAAACUUAGAGUUCAUCUCCAUCCUGUGCAAAUACAUAGUCCAAUUUAUUUUCAAGUUGAAUAUUCUGUUUUCAGCAACAGAUGUUUCUGGUGAUAAUAUACUGUUACACUCCUGUGGAAUGAAAUGUGCUGUGUUUUCUGCUAUUGGCAAUAGGAACAAUUACCUCAGCUGACUACACCUAGUGAAAGUGAUCUUUCCUCUAACUGUCACAUACAGACAGAAGGCACUAUCUUAACUGAGCCUCUGGAUAGGGCCAUUCAUUUCAUUCACAUUUCUAGAGAUGUACAUCUCACUGCUUUGAAGAGGAGAAAGUAAUGUGGCACCUUCAGCUUCACUGAAAGAAUACAGGCAAUAGAUGUUGUCUAUAAAGAGUCCUUGAGAAGCUAAUUGAAGAAAAAACUUGAUUUGAAAUUAAAUAAAUUCAUCUUACCAAAAUUUGAACAACAAUGCUGGAUUUAUCUUACUAAAAGAAAGAACUAGUAAUAUUUUCUCAGAAAUGUGUGACAAGAAAAAUUGCUACCCACUUCCAACCAGAAAUUGAACAACUAUGUUAACUGUUUAAAGCCAACUUGGAAAUUUAAUUGUUCAGUUUAUAAAUUUUCACUCUCUUCUGUUCAGAGUCUUUGCAAGAUUUGAGGUUACUCCUGGCCCUAUUGGUAUUCAGUGUUUCCUCAGAGAUUUAACUGCUAGUAUGAUCUGAGUGAACAGGAUUUACCAUGGGCUGGAAACAGAGUGAUUCUGUGAGAAUAGGUGUCAGUCAGUAAUUGUGCCCACUUCUUGCAGCCUACUGUGACAUACGUGCUUUGACCAGAAGUAGAGUCCACAAGAGAAAGCACCAUUUAAUUGUCUGGUCUAAAAAGAAAAUAUCACUUUUUACAAUGUUUAUGGUUUGUGAAUGGAAUAUUGAGAAUUUUAUUAAUAAGUGACAUUAAUGUUUUGGCAUAACAACAUUUUUUUUCUGUUUUAGGCUUUAUUAUCAUACAGACCUUAAAUCUUCACUUUUAAUGAAUACAUAGAAUGGAAGCUACCAUGUACGCUCAAUACAGGAGACUUAAAAUAAAUUUGAGUCUUAAAAUAUGAAACAACAUAAUUUAUAAAGACAUCUUCAGUUUUGUUUCAGUAUGCAGGUUGUGUCAGAUCAAGGUUUCUUACUAAUACAAUAAUCUAUAAUUUAACAUUACUGGUGGAAAAUUUAACUGUCUUGUUAUUAAUAAAAUGGAGAGCCAAAUUCUACUCUGAAUUUGAUUUAUAGAAUAAUGCUGAAAUUGCUUAGCAAAAGUUGGGAAUCACAUUAGUUACUUCCUCUAAUUCAUCAUUAAGAAACAUUUAUGUGACUUUUUCUCAUGAACAUAAUCCCUGCUCAUUUUUAUUAAUCAUUUCACUGCAGACGUCUUUAGAUUGUUAUGCCACAAUGAUUUGAUCUUCUCUUCAAGCAUUUUGUUAGCCAUGUAUUUCAAUUGCACACCGAUGAAAAAAAUUGAAUAAAUGUUUUAAGGAGA